ACAGCAAUGGACAUUGAAACACGGCUUCAAAAUUGCAUCCAUCACCCUCAACAAAAAGAAAAACUUGAAGGGUUCCAUAGUGUAUUAGGAGAUAUUCUUUCAAGUCAUAACCAAGUACAACAGCUUCAAGAUUAUAUUGAAGCUGUUUUAAACGAACAAGUUGGUUUAGUCAUUGCACGACAACUCUUAUCUGAAUUCAUUAGUUUAUUCAAAAACAAAAUUACAGAUCGUAAUAUACAAAAACAGCUUUUAUUGUUUGCUAUCGAUCGUGCUCAACCUCGUGCUGUUAGUUUCGAAGAAUCUUUAUCUCAAUUAAGAGAAAAAUUAGCAAAUGUAUAUGAGGAAGAAGAUGAUUAUUUAAGUGCUGCUAAAACUCUACAAGGAAUUCAACUUGAUUCUGGACAUCGUACGAUUUCUGAUGAUUACAAGCUUCAAAUUUAUAUUCGUAUAGUUAAAUUACUUUUAGAAGAAGAUGAAGCAACUCAAGCAGAGGCAUAUCUUAAUCGUGCUGCUUUAUUGAUUCCCAACUCGAAUGAUCCUUUAUUAAACUUGACUUUCAAGUUAUCACAAGCUCGUAUUCUAGAUGCUAAACGUAAAUUCCUUGAAGCCUGUACAAAAUAUCAUGAACUGAGUUAUGUAAAUCAAAUUAAAGAAGAUGAACGAAUAUUAUGUUUAACUGCUGCUGUACAAUGUGCUGUACUAGCAGGUGCUGGUCCUCAGCGUUCACGUAGUUUGGCAACUUUAUAUAAGGAUGAUCGAACCCACCAUUUACCCUCUUUUUCGAUAUUGGAAAAGACCUAUUUGGAGCAUGUGAUUCGUCCUGAUGAAGUAUCUGAGUUUGCUGCUUCACUUAAACCUCAUCAUUUAGCUCGUUUAUCAGAUAAUACAACUGUAUUUGACCGUGCUAUGAUAGAACAUAAUUUAUUAUCAGCUUCUAAAAUUUACAAUAACAUUACCUUUAGUGAAUUAGCAGCUCUGUUGAAUGUUUCUCCUGAACAAGCAGAACAGGUUGCUUCGCGUAUGAUUUGUGAAGACCGAAUGGUCGGUAGUAUAGAUCAAGUAGAACAGUUAAUUUCUUUUGAUAUGUUGGAAAUUAUGAAAUGGGAUAUAGCUAUUCAGGUCUUAUGUCAAGAUAUUGACGCUGUUAUUGGUAAAAUACAAUCAAAAUAUCCAGACUAUGUAUUAUCUAAUUUUAAUAAUAAGGCUUAA